UAAAACGUUGGGAACUAUGAUCAAAUGCUUCCUGAAAGAGAAUCCUAAGGAAUGGGACCGUCACUUGGAAAUACUUAUGGCAGCAUAUAGAAGUACAAAGCAUUCUGCAACUGGAUUCAGCCCCAACGUUAUGAUGUUUGGACGUGAAGUGAAUACACCAAUAAACAUUUUGUUUCCGACAGAGGGAUCAACGGAAUUCACAUCUACCGAAUACGUGGGAAGAUUACGCGAGGCCUUGGAGUAAUAUCUUACUUUGUACGCACGUGUUGGCAUGUUACAGAAAUAGUUUUUUCAAGAAUAUCUUCGAUGAACAUGACAUAUUUAGAUAUGACAUACGUAGUUUACUGAUGUCCACUUGGUAUUUUUGUGUUAAUCUUCAGAUCAGUUGCUGUCCCUGGGAUUUUAUUCUUCGCUUUCACAUCGACAGAGAAUCCGUGGCUACCAUUGCCCGGACUCAUACUUGUGGGCGUGGCUGGUCUGUCGUUACUGGUAUCUGAUUUUAUACAGAUACCGUUGUUACUGCCGAGGGGUUCUUCCAUUUACGUUGGGUUAUUGAAUGGCUGUUACGACUCGUCCGUGCUGACGUUUAUGUUAGUAAAGAAAUUAUACGAAGAUGGAGUCGAUAAGAAGUUCUCCUUCAUUGGUAUCGCCGUUUUGUUUAUCGUGGUUUCCGGUGUGUGUACACUUCUGCAUCCGUCACGGGAACAAAACGACAAAUCACAUGAGGAGAGUCCUCAAACAAAUGAUGACAUCGUACAAACGAAAGAAGUGAAAGGUACUCAAAAUGCUGUUCAGACAACUACCGGUGUUACGACCGACACCCCACCUAUUGGAAAAAUACUUCGAAACUAUCUCUUCAUUUCUCAUGUUGUUUGGCUCACCAACGUUCUGUUGAAAUACGUAUUUUUCUUAGGAUCAGCAAAUAGAUUGAUGGAACAACUCCUACAGGAUGAAGAUAGAGUGAGCUACUUCUCUGACGUCAUGACAUUUACGAUGAUUGUCAGUCUGGUAUCGUCUUUCAUCGCCGGUUACACGAUACACGCGGUGGAAAAUAGAUUCACAGGAAAUUUGAAGGCAGUGAUUCCCCUGACAGUGACGUCAUGUUUGGUCAUUUUGUUGUCUGCCCUAGCAUUUGUACACACACCAAAUGUCCUGUACGCCGACUUCAUUGUGUUGACAUUUCUCCGAUCUUUCAUGUACACAACAAACAUGGAGUUCAUCAGAAUCGCAUUCCCUAUGAGGUACAUGAGCGUUAUAUUCGGAAUUGUUAUCUCCGUUUCUGGAAUUCUGACUAUGACGCAAUACGGCUUGUUCGCUUGGACGGAGAAGUAUGACGGGGCUAUGACGCAUGUGAACGUGUUUCUGCUAUGCCUGUCAACCAUCUCCCUGUUUCAUCCCAUGCUCGUCUUUUACAGUCAUAGAAGACAACAGUCAUAAGGUCAUCGAAAAAGACAAUGGAAAGUGAUAAGCAAAGACUCUAUAUUUCGUUGUUAUGCAAAUUAUAUUUAUGGUCAUGCCUCGCCAACAAUUUUUUCUAUGUACAUGAUUUGAAAUAGUAUAGAUAUCGAUUAGUGUAUGAUCUCAUUACUUCUGUAUGCUGAUCACAUUGCACUCAUUUGCCCCAAUGAAAAAUCUAUGCAACGGAUUCUAGAUGUUUGAAAUAAAUGAUGAACAAGUAAAAGAUCGAAGUUAAUCAAGACAAAACUAACAUAGUCGAUUUUGGAAAUAAUUCCACCCCUAUUACUGAUUAUAAAUUUUCAUGUGGUGAUAUAGCUGUCGCAUUAGAAAGCAAAUAUAAGUACCCAGGACUUCAGUUGUAGUUUGGUUUUAGGAGCAUUUAGAUUUGCAUUUUGCUGACAGAGAACUCUGUAAAUCUGCUUGUAGAGCACUUUCAACGUUAUAUGUAAAAUAUUCACAUACAAGUGAUCUGUCAUAGGAAGUGUUUAAUAAGUUAUAUAAAACUUUAAUUGAGCCGGUACUUUUUUACGGAUGUGGAUUUUAAAUAAAAAAAUAAAUACCAAGAGGUUUCUGUAAUACUACACAAGGCAAGUCGAUACUUUCUAGGAGCCUCCCGUCGAGCAAGUCACUUAGCACUCAGAGGUGAUAUGGGAUGGCACUCUUAAUUGCAAUGUAAGUCAAAGUUUUAGAAACGAUACGUUUAUUUUUAAGAAUUAAGUAUUGUGAUGAUAACAGACUCAUGAAAAGGCGCAUCUUUGGUAUGUAAGUCUGAAAAAAUCUUGGGAUUCUAGAAAUUUGAAAAUGAUUGGUGACAAAAUUUUAAUGAAAUUGUAAACUCACCGUUUUCUAUUAAACACAAGAUUAGAAGAGUGAAAGAAAAGCUUCUUAUUUCAGAUGCUGAUAAAUGGUAGAAGUCUAUAUGGAAUGAUAGUAGUCUUACAGAACUUUUAAAUCAAAGUUAAUACCAUAUUCAUAUGUCAAGCUCGUUAGACAAAAGGGCAAACGAAGAGUACUUUUUAAUUUAAGAUGUGAAUCUCUACCUCUAACAGUGGAAACUGGCAGAUACGCCAAACCUGUGAUUCCACUAGAGGCACGCUUAUGUAAGAUAUGUACAAAUGUAAAUAAUUGUAUGGAGGAUGAAUAACACUUUUUUUAGUGGAAUGUAAUGUAUACAAUGACAUCAGAUCAUCCAUUUAUAAUGUAGCAAAUAAUGUAAGAAAUGAUUUUGCAAGUCUUAAUAACACAGACAAAUUUAAUUUUAUAAUGUCUUCCGAUGAAUUACAAAUUCCACUUGCAAACCAAUUGUAUAAUAAGUACAGAAGACGUAGCAGUCUAUGUGAUUAGUUAUAAUUUUAAACAGUGUCUUGUAAACUAUUUUAGGCGGAAUAUCACAUCCAAUUACAUUUUCUAUUUCAUGCAUUUGUUAAAUAUGAUAACAGGGUCAAUCAGAAUGUUUUUUUAUACGAAAAUAAUUUUCCGUUUAAAUUAUAAUUAGCUACUAGAUAGUGUGAAUUUAGCAGACCUCGCUGGUUGGGGGCUCCCCAACCAUUGGAAACCUUAAUUGCACUACAAUGUAGAACUAGGUAAUUAUAUCUAUAUCAUAUUUAUGUAAUUAUUUAUUUUAUUUAUCACAAUUGUUAUUAUUUUUUAAGACAUCAUUUUUUAACGCAGAAACCUAUUAAUUAUUAUAGUAUAUAAUAUGUAAGUACACAAUCCAGAGAGCUUAUUAGGAAGGGGCUGUCCCAAUCACCUGCUCUCUCGAUUGGAAACUGUGAUAGUUUGUUUUUAUUUAUAAAUAUAUUACGUAUUAUAACUGUUCUUAACAGAAUUAUGAUAUUGUCUAUAUAUUUUUACAUUUAGAUGAUUGAUCC